AUGCCAAAGGAUAUAAACUGGAUGCAGUUACAUGAUGAUCUCGAACGGUUUGAACGAAGAAUAAGGUUGGCAGUAUAUUACCACCAGAAGAACAACCCUGAGAAUGAACCCAACAAAAGGGAAAACCUAAUAUUCCCUUUGGUACCAUCUACUAAGAACUGGACUUCACCCAAAUCGAACAAUCCAGCAAUCGAAUUAUUCCUGACCAACGUUAGAAAAGAAGCCCUGAACCCUGGUAAUAUUAGAAAAGCGAGAGACAAUUUAACUAAAGAAGAAAGGAUAGCUAUUAAAAAUUUAAAAUGCAACUCUAACAAUAUCAUUAGGAUUCAAGAUAAGGGUUCUAGGUUUGUGCUAAUUGAUAAAGAAGAGUAUAAUGGGAAAAUGUUAGAGCAAUUUUAGUGAUCCACUCCACUAUUUGAGUACUUCAGAUAAUCGUACCAAAUUACACUGAUUUAGAUAGAGUUAAAGAGUGGAGUGAUAAAUGGCUAGUUCAGCAGCAAAUUACAAGUAAGAUAGCUAACUGGGUUGUUAAUUUGGAACCCAAAGCUGGAGAAGCAUUUGGGAAUGUUAAAACACAAAAAAACAACCCUCUUAGACUUAUCACAUCUUGCUGCGGGACUGCCAUAGAAAGGCUAUCGGAAUUAACAGAAUUCUACCUUAAACCAUUAGCCAAGAAACUACCUGCUUUUAUUAAGGACACGACGCAUUUAAUCAAUGAGAUAGAUAAGCUAAAUGAGAAGGGUCCUUUGCCACCUGACACGUUACUAGUAUCAUGGGAUGUCGUAGUCAUGUUCUCCAACAUCGAUAACAAUUUAGGUAUAACUGCAGUCAAGAAAGCGUUAGAUUCGAGAGAAAUAAAUUUCCCUCAACUAAAUGUAUUGUUGAAGCAGUUGAAAUUUGCUUAA